CUUUGAUUAGUAUGGGGCAUGUCUUGCUGACCUCAACAGCAAUGAUGAAAACAUAUUGUAUUAUCUUGGUUAAUGUGUUGAUAUCGAGUGUUCUUGGUCAAUUCGAUCCACAUUUUCAUGGAAAUAGAAGUGUGAUUGUUCAUUUAUUCGAAUGGAAAUGGAAUGAUAUCGCUGACGAAUGUGAAAGGUUUCUGCAACACAAGGGAUAUGGAGGCGUACAGAUCUCACCACCAAAUGAAAAUGUGAUAAUUAAGAACAGACCAUGGUGGGAAAGAUAUCAACCGGUUAGUUACAUAAUCAACACAAGAUCUGGAGAUGAAAUUGCAUUCAAGAAUAUGACAAGACGGUGUAAUGAUGUAGGAGUCAGAAUAUAUGCGGACGCUGUUAUUAAUCAUAUGGCAGCAACUGAUGGUAUUGGAAAAGCAGGAAGCACUUCCAACAGGACACACAAAUACUUUCCAGGAGUGCCAUUCGGACCGUAUGAUUUCCAUGAUGAUUGUGGCAUCAGCAACUACCAAGACGCAACUAAUGUUAGAAAUUGCGAACUAGAGGCAUUGCGAGACCUUGAUCAUAGCAAAGCUUAUGUUAGACAAAAAAUAAUCGAAUAUCUCAACCACCUAAUCGAUCUUGGAGUAGCAGGGUUCAGAAUCGAUGCGGCUAAGCAUAUGUGGCCAGCAGAUUUGCAAUACAUAAUAGAUCAUUUGAAAUAUCUCAACACAGAAUAUGGAUUCUCUCCCAAGCAGAAGCCUUUCAUUUUCCAAGAAGUCAUUUAUUUCGGUAACGAAGGUGUAAAUAUCAAAGAAUAUACCCCUAUAGGAGUGGUUACAGAAUUCAAACACUCCCGAUCCAUCACCAACGUGUUUCGGGGAAACGACAAGUUGACUUAUUUGAAUAGUUGGGGACCAGGAUGGGGUUUCCUGGAAGGUCGUGUCGUUGUUUUCGUGGAUAACCACGAUACCCAAAGACAACAUGGUCAACUGACCUACAAGGAAUCGAAGAAAUAUAAGAUGGCGAAUGCUUUUAUGUUGGCUCACCCCUAUGGGAUUCCCAAGGUUAUGUCCAGCUUCGACUUCAAUUCCAGAAAUCAAGGUCCUCCAAAAGAUUCCGACGAAAAUCUUGUCUCACCGGAAGUUAAUUCUGAUGAAACAUGUGGUGAUGGGUACAUAUGCGAACACCGAUGGAGACAGAUAUCGAACAUGGUAGCCUUCAGAAACCUGGUCACAGGGACUCCGUUUACCAAUUGGUGGUCUAAUGGCGACCAGCACAUAUCUUUCUGUAGGGGCAAUAAAGGAUUCGUCGCUUUCACUAAUGGAGGAGAUUUGAGGCAGGAAUUACAGACGUGCUUACCGACUGGAAGAUACUGUGACGUCAUUUCUGGGGAAGUAAUAGGGGGUAGAUGCAGCGGCAAAACAGUAGAUGUCACGUCGAAUGGUAAAGCACAUAUAGUGGUUCUAGCAGGAGAUGAAGAUGGAGUUCUUGCCAUACAUGAGAAUUCCAGAAUAAAUUUCAUUCCCUAGAUUGAGUCUUGAUUUAUUUUUACUCUGAGCUGUAUAGAAGUGUUCAUAAUAAAACUCUGCUGUUGUGAGAGCUUUC